AUGGGCUCAACCGUGUUUGGAACUCCAGUUACCACGGCAACCUUGAGAGCGAUGCCUGAAUAUCAAGGCAAGAACUCGAUCACCCAGCAAGACCGAGCAAAGGUUGCACUAGAAAAGGUGAACGCCGAGGGCAAAGCCGUGGAUGCUCGACACUACGUGGAGAAGCUGCAGUGUCGAUUUGGGGACGAUGUUGUGAGCAUAAUGUGUCUGAUCUACAAUGCGACGGACUGGAAGGGACGUGUUUGCUAGUCUGCGUACCCGGUGAUCAUUGCGAAUGGGCAGUGGGGUGCGUUCUUGCACGGUCAAUACUAUAACCAGGAAAAGAGUUCAAGAGCCGGCAUUGUAUACUCUGCCUUCAACAAUCAAGGCAAGGAGCAACACUGGUUCAUGGGAUUUUCUAACACUUUUUCAAGCCCCACCAAUCAGGUGUAUACUGAAAUUCGCGAAGCAGGGCACUAUGAGCAGGCAGAGAGGGUAGGAAUAUGGCAAGCUCUUGACAACAAGCUGAGUAAGGGGAAAUUGGUGAAUAAGGCCUGCGAAGAAGGGGGAUACAUAAGUGGCUCCAUUGGCAACACUUCAAAACCCAUAUUCGAGGUGAUUAUGACUCUGCCUAAACCUAAAUAAAUUGUGUAUGCUGCACUAUUGCAUAUCACAUUAUCACCUAAGUAAUGACUACUUCUGCUACAAUGCAUACUUGAAGCUUUGGGAUCAAACAAGGCCUU